AAAGUGUAUCAUCCAACGGAAGUAGUCUGUAGUCGAAACGAGGCUUGAAAUUGUUCGCUAGAGGGAUCUCUCAAUAAGUCCCCACCCAAUAGCGGCCAUUUUGGAGGACCGGUUCUCGGGCAAUACUGUAUUUGUAAGCGACAGAGUGGACGCGAGGAGCGCACUAAGCAGGAGGCAGUAAAGGAUUAUACAAGUUGAUUGCUGUCGAGUGGUGCAGCGAAAACCAGCGCCAUGCCGAAGCCGGUCAAUGUACGCGUUACCACCAUGGACGCGGAACUGGAGUUUGCUAUCCAGCCCAACACUACUGGAAAACAGCUUUUUGAUCAGGUUGUAAAGACCAUUGGUCUUCGAGAAAUCUGGUUCUUUGGGCUGCAGUAUUUGGAUAGCAAAGGUUACUCUACUUGGUUGAAGCUCAACAAAAAGGUUCUGAGCCAAGAUGUGAGAAAAGAGACACCAUUGCAGUUCAAGUUUCGAGCCAAGUUUUAUCCUGAAGAUGUCUCUGAAGAGCUCAUUCAGGAAAUUACACAGCGCAUGUUCUUCUUGCAAGUGAAGGAUGGUAUUCUCAGUGAUGAAAUCUAUUGCCCUCCUGAGACAGCUGUCCUGUUGGCAUCAUAUGCAUGUCAGGCCAAAUAUGGUGAUUACAGUACUGACCAUAAUCUUACUAGUGACAGACUUCUUCCACAGCGUGUGUACGAUCAACACAAGUUGUCAAAAGACCAAUGGGAGGAGCGCAUUAAGAGCUGGUGGGGAGAGCACAAGGCCAUGAUGAGAGAUGAUGCCAUGAUGGAGUACCUGAAGAUUGCACAGGACUUGGAGAUGUAUGGUGUUAAUUACUUUGAUAUUAAGAACAAAAGAGGAACAGACCUUCUUCUAGGUGUGGAUGCACUUGGUCUAAAUGUCUAUGAAAAAGAUGACAGGUUGACACCCAAAAUCGGUUUUCCCUGGAGUGAGAUCAGAAACAUAUCAUUUAAUGAUAAGAAGUUCGUUAUCAAGCCCAUUGACAAGAAGGCUCCUGACUUUGUGUUUUAUGCUCCUCGUCUGAGAAUCAACAAACGUAUCCUGGCACUUUGCAUGGGCAACCAUGAACUCUACAUGAGGCGUCGCAAGCCAGACACCAUUGAAGUUCAGCAGAUGAAGGCCCAGGCUCGUGAAGAGAAACUGGCUAAGCAGCAAGAAAGGGCGCAGCUGGAAAGAAUGCGCCAUGAGGCACUGGAGUCUGAGCGGAUACGAAAGGAGCUAGAAGACAAGCUGCGUAGAAUGCAGGAAGAGCAGGAGCGCACAAGCAGAGACAUGCAUGAGCUUCAAGCACGUAUUAGAGAAAAGGAUGAGCGCAUGGCUGAACUGAUGACUUUACGUGAAGAGUUGGAAGCAGAAAGGAGACGAGCAGAGGAACUGCGUCUUGAGAUGGAACGCUCUCAUGAGAUGGAGCAGUCAGAAAGGCAGCGCUUGGCUGUAGAACUUGAAACAGCUCAGAAGUCACUUCAGGAGAAGCUGGUAGACAUUGAAGUCAAAGAGAGUCAUGUAUCAGAGCUUCACUCAGAACUUGAAGCAGCUCGACGUGAAGCAGAAAUGAAGGAGCAAGAAUUGUCCAGGGUGCAGAUUGAAAAAUCUUUGCGUGAACAGGAGCUGACUGAAAAACUGGAGGCUCAACUUCACAUUCGCUCGGAGAUCAAUGCCGCUCAUGAUGAGAAUGACGAGAAUGAAGAUGAGUGCCAGCAGAGUGAAUAUGCGGCUGAUCUUCAGGUGGAAGAGAAUGCUGCUUCUUUGCCCAGACCAGAAGAAUCACGCAUAACUGAAACUGAGAAAAACAAGCGUCUUCAGUCUCAGCUGGAGAUGCUGAAGGCUGACCUGGCAGUGGAACGACUGGCCACCGUCGUCACCAAGAAUGACGAACUUCACGAAGAGAAUGUGCGACAGGGAAGGGACAAGUACAAGACUCUGAGACAGAUCAGACAGGGCAACACUAAGCGUCGUGUUGAUGAGUUUGAAGCAUUGUGAGAUUGUUAACUAUGUUAUGCCUUUCUGCUCAUUGCUGUCCACAGUGGUAAGAUGGGACAUACGGCUUAUCUACUUGAAUGCUGAAGCAAAGACACAACUGACUUCUAGAUAAUUUCCGUGCAGAAGAUUUGGACUUUUUGCUGAUUUUUGCCACUAAAAAGUUAAGAAACGAAAUGGACUGGGUUAUAGUAUGUCCAGGACUUCUUUAUGCAUUUGCACCACUGACUGUCCACAGAGAUAUGAUGCUUUAAAAGCCUACAGCAGGACCAUUGCCUUCUAAAUAGGUUAUCUGCUAUCCCCACCUUAACCUUUGCUGCUGGAACCUAAGCACAAAAAUCAGAAAGGGUUAGUUGAGUGCAUGUGUUUUAUUUCUUAUGGCUCAGUUGCAGAAUCCAUUGGCAUAAGCAAAGCAAAGGGUUGUAAUUUCCUUCAUAAAUUUAAAAUGUGAAUAUGUGGAAUCUGAUUGCUCUUUGCUUGAUGGCCAGCAGUCCCCCAAUUGUAGGGUUCAAAAGACUUCUUCCAGACCUGAGUCAUAGUGUGCAUCUGCUUCUUAGACCUGGACUUGUAAAUCUGUUGGAUAAACACUACUCAAGCUUAUUUCUCAACAGUCGGUUACCCUUCUGUACGUUGGCCCUUUUUAUUUUUUUUUUUUUUUAAGAAGCCAUUUAUACUUUGUCUAGUUUGUUUUCUGCCUCAGCUAUUGCCACAAUCGUGGAUUGUAGGAGGGCUACCUUACUGUUCCACUGUGUCAUCUAUAUUAAGUGUAUCAUCUACCCCCAUCCUAAAAAAAAAAUUAUGUAUGUUUUAAUUUUCUAGUUUAAAAUAAAAUUAAGUCCUCCAUGCAUAGGGUUAUGUCUCCGAAUUAUGCAUGACCAUGCCAAUGAAUGUUCUGAAAAGCUCCUAUAUUUUCUUCUUUUUUUUUCGGUGUGCCAGCAGGGUUUUGCCUCUAUUACCUAAAACAGCCCAUCCUAUCUUAAAUAAAACUUUCUGGAACAGUUUUGAUCCCUUACUAGAUUUCAGGAAAUAUGUUGACAUCGUACACAUACUGAUCCUCUACCCUGAUUGCUUAGGCCUUUUAUCAGUAUUGUUGCACGUUGACACUUGAGCAGUUCUUGCUGCUUCUGACAAUUAAGCAUUUGUGCUUUUUUAAUAAACCCAGAUGGACAUAACUUGUUUAAAAUAAAUUUACUCCUUGCAUUAUCCUAAAAAAAAAAGAAGAAAACAUUUAAUUUGUGCCAAAAUUAUUUUUAAAAGCACGUUUUAAGUUUACUUUAAAACAAGUAAAGCUGUGUAUUCUCAGAAGAAUGUGAAAGGAUCCUUGCAGCCCAACAGACUGCAAGGAGAGGAAAAUUGAGAAUGAGUUAGAAACAAAGCAUACUUAUGAAAAAUGUUGGCUUUUUCACAGUUUCUUGUCUUGCUAUAAUUCCUUCAGAAGAAGACUCCUCUUUUUAUGUUUAAUGGUCAUAAAGCUUUUCUGUCCAAACUAUGUUGGAACAAAUGUUAUCAGGAGACAGGCAGAUGCAUUUAUUAUAACUGUCAUUACCUGCUAACUAAAAUUAGACUUCAUUGGAAUUAUAAAAUAUGAUACACUUAUCAGUGUGGACUAUGCAAUGUUUUACACCCGCUUGAUAUGUUUAUAGUUAAGUGUACCAUAAUAGGUCAGACACUCUUAUUUGGGGAACAGAAUUCCUAAACUGGGGACCAUCUUAAAAAAAAGUUCUUUAACGCAUUAUUUGAUAGUAGUAAACUGGGUAUCUCUUGCAUAAAAUCUGCUGGCACAAAUCCCAGCAAUUGUAAUGAUCAAAUAUGUUUUUAUUUGCUUUUUGCUAAUCAGUCUCCAUCAUUGGAAAUUAUUAAGCUUUCUCUCAUCUACAGUUCACAAUGUUAAAGAGUGCUUGAUUCAAUUUUAGUCCAUUCUAACUUCAGGGAAAAUUUCUUUUAUCGCCUUUCACUUUCCCCAUCAUUUCAUUUUGCCACAAACCUUCCCGCUAGUCUUAAAUGAAUGCACACGUUACAUGAUAGGGAACUGCUUUCCUCCCCAAGACUAAAGAUUAAAUAUUUGUACUGAACUGUGGUGCUGCGUGGGCUUGGUUCAUACUGUGAGUGAAUCUUUGAUGGUUUGAAUGGGUCAGUGUUCUUGUCAGAUCUAUGUGGUUCUUGUAAAUUAUUUACCAUUUACACUUUGAUUUGGAUAACUGUUCUGUUUCCGAUAAAAAGAAUGGAUGUAAGAGCGCACUUUUAAAAAUUGAUAAUCAGAAUGGGAAAUAUUAUUUCUCUGUAGCAGAAGAUGGGCAUUGUAUUUGGGAAUACUUAAGUUUGCAAAUGUAGUGCAGAAAGAAAAUGGUCACCUUAAAGCUUGCUGACAUGCCAGAAAAUGUAACUUGAAGUACACUGGAAUGAUAGUUUAUAAAUAUUAUCCACUAGUUUUUUUUUGUUUUUUGCGAUCUUGGUUCUGUUUUAGUAUACCAGAAAAGUGCUGAAAGCAGGUACAUAAAACUAGUUGACUCCAGUUUGGGGUAGGGUUAUGCUUUCAAUGUAUAUGUAGAUAAUUUUUUUAUGCAUGUUUUCCAAAUUUAUGCAUUGUCCUAAUCUCGCUGCUGCUUUCAACCAUGAUUCUAAACAUGCUGACACUUGCUUAAGAUUAAUCAGUUGAGUUUUUCACAAAGCAGCAAUGAUGCCCCUUUGUUCAUAAUGAGAGUACAUUACUUAACCUGUACAUGCUUUCUUCCUUGAUCACCCUUGCAAUUACUUCAGCAGUACCUUUCUCCCCACCCUAGGACAAUAGCUGGUCAAAAUUUCAUGAGAGCAAAUUCGUAAAGCGACAUGAAGAGACAAGGCUCAUAUAAUUGAUAGCCAAAUUGGUUGAUGUGGCAAAAAAGAAUGCAAGAUUCAGUUUAUGGGCAGAUUUCAGUACUUUUGAAUUUGUACAUAAAGUAUAUAUACACACACAUACAAAAUAUAUAAAUAUAUAUGUAUAUGGUAAAGAUGAGAUUAUGUGCGGUUUUAGUGGAUACAGUGAAAGUGUGUUGGUGAGAAGAGCUGCCAUCAUAGCAGAGGUGCCUACCAGUCACAGGUUCACUGUUAACACUUAAGUUUUUAGUUUGGUUUUUUUUUUUUUUUAACAUUUCUCUGUACGUCUUGCAGAUUUUCAUAAUUAUGUUAACCACAUGAUUGGCAAUAAACAGUUUUUAACAA